AAUGGCGGCGGCGCUGAGGAGGUUGUUACACGGGGCGGAGGUAGAGCGGGCUCGGCCUGAGCCUGAGCCCGAGCCCCCGCCGCCCCUACCGCCGCCGCCGUGGGGCGUGGAGGCCCGCAGGUGCCCGCAGCAUCGCGGAGGCGGGGAGAGGACCGCUCGGGGCGGCUCCCAGGAGCAGCCCCCUUAUCCUGGAUAUGGAUCUCCCUACUGGAAUUCUUCUCCUAGAGCUACCUAUCCAAGUCCAUAUCCUGUUGGACCAGAUCUCCAAGGCCAGGGAAUUGAUUCUUCCUACACAAAUGGUGUAUAUGGCACUCCAUAUUCAGCUCCUGGGACAGGGUCACCAUAUCCCAAUCUCUCACAAUCAAACACCUAUUAUUCCUCAGGGCAUCCUCAUGCCCCUUAUUCCACGGAGUCUCCUAGAGUAUAUAGAUUUCCAUCACCAGCUUCCAACUGGAAUUACCCCCCACCAGACUGUCCAACUGAAGGUUCCAUGGUGAGGAGGCAAGUGCCAGGAUACCCCCCUCCACAGACCCCGGGCUUUCCAGUCCCACCCUAUCCGUAUGGCGACUGCAAUCACAGCAUUCCACAGCAGAGGCCACCACCACCACCACCCCAGCCAAGACUUCAGGAGACAACUUGGCGGCCACCCGGAGUUUAUGGAAUGCAACCUCCCUAUGGCUGGUCUCCUGCUCCAGCCGGUCAUGGGGAUAGAUAUGUUGCAGAAUCUCCUCCACCUUGGCCUCCCAGUGGAGCAUCUGUUCCACAUCCUCCAAACAACAAUGCAAAGGACUCUUAUAACCAAUUGGAACAAGGAACUAACCAGCACGGCUACUAUCCUGAAGCGAGUCAGUUGCCUUCUGGGACCAUGAAUGACUACAAGCCGGUGCAGCUUGACACUAAGCCAUCUGCUUCCAACCCCAAAGUGCAGUAUAGUGCACAGCCCCAGCUGUAUGAUAACGUACUUAGAAAACAAUCUGUGAUUGGCCAUGGGCCUGGUUCUAAAAGUAACGUGCAGCUUCCAUCAGAGACAUCAGAUGUGCAACCAGGCAUACAAAAGGUUAUGCAAGUUAUGGAGGGGGUUGAACAAUUGGAGGAAGAGGUAGACGAAUUUGUAGGAAAGAAGACGGACAAGGACUACUGGUUGUUGGAGGAAAUGCUGACCAAGAAGUUAUUGGAGCUGGACUCUAUAGAGACAGGCGGCCAAGACAAUGUCCGCCAGGUAAGAAAAGAGGCUGUUCAUAGAAUCCAGGCCACAUUGGAAGAACUGGAAAGAAAGGGGCUUUAAUGUGAGUAAUAGUCCUAAGUAAGGCCCAGUCCUGGAGUGCCCAAAGAUCUCUGACUUUCCUUUGACCAUCCAAGCAAUAAGUGGGGCCUUUCAUUUUGAUUUUAAAGUAACACACAUGAGAAGUUGGAUAUGACUAAAUGAAGAUGUUGGUCCCAAAGUCUUAGAUUGGUCAUUCGGCCAAUGAAUGUGGAUGAAGAGGUGAAAUGUGGACUGUGAUUAUUUGAAGGCUUUACCUGUAGUAGCCUCCGUGGAUAUCUGCAUGUUUUUCCAUGGAGGAAAAUGAUUGGGUAAAAGGACAUUUUGAUACCAAGAUUUGCAUCUCUAAAGAGAUCUUUCAGAGCACCAAGGACUUCCAACAGCUGAGCUACCUGUCAAACUCUGUUAGGUACAAAGAUACUUCAUUUGCAACACAGCGCCAGUAAAGCCAAGACUUCAGUCUCGUUAGCUGCUCCUUUUGUGUAUUAUUUACAGAUUACUCCCUCCUGGUCACAGAAAUUGUGUAGAGUUUUUACCUCUUGGGGUACAUUCUGUUGAACUGCAACCAUAUAGGUAAGCCAAUUAGGCCAACAGAAGCCAAGAUGUUUUUCAUCUCUCCCCCCACCCACCCCAAAUAUCAUGCAGGUAUAAUCCACAAUGUGUUUUUUGUUUUGUUUUUUGAGAUAGGCAGAAGAUACUUUCACUACUGCCUGUUGCAAGUAAUAGACUCAUCGUAGGAAUUUGGGGCAGGGACAUUUGGGGACAAAUGCACUUAAUUGUGAUGUCACUUUUUUGUACUCUACUUUGAUCUGUGUAACUGGUGAACCCUGUAUGUUCAACUCUGCUAUCUCUACGGGGGCACGCAAGGCUACUACUGUGAAUCUUCAGCAUAUCACAAAAGUGAUCCUUGUUUCAAAAGGCAAGUAAUAAACAUUUUGAGUUUUAAAACAUGCACUUUUGACAAGAGUAAGAACAGUCUUGGUGUGUCAGAUCAUUUAAAAUGAUAAACUGGGCAUUAAAGUGUCUUGAGUGACUAACUUCAUAUGCUAUAUAAGAGAUAGGUGUAUAUAAUGACUCAAUGGAUUGCCGCUUAGGUACACUAUGGUUGCUUCCAAUUUCCUGUGGCCUAAUGCUUGGGAUAUCUUAGGCAAAAAGGUUUAUGUCCUGGCUGUAAUACUUGGUCAUUAUCUUUCUGGUCAUGAAUUUGUAUAAUUCUCCUUAGAGCCUAAUUUCACUGUCGAUUGUCAACAUAUCCUAUGCCACUGACUUCAGAGUGUUAAACAUUCUACCUUAGAUUUGUUGAUUUAUAUUUCCAAUAAUUGUAUGGCAGAAUUAUAUUUUAAAAACUGGUAUUAAUAGUAGCUUGUCAACAAUUCAUAGAAAAA